CGCCGACCUGGUCUCUGGCGCUGGUGGGUACCGUAGGGCGCCGCGGCCUGGGGCUGGGAUGCUAGGGGCUGCGGGCUCCCGGCGGCAGCGGCUCUUGUGAGCUGCAGCGACUGCUGCGCAGGUGGGCAGUGAGGGCAGAGGACGCCGUCGGCGGCCGGCCGUGUCGGCCGCGGGAUGAGGAAGCGGACCGAGCCCGUCGCCUUGGAGCAUGAGCGCUGCGCGGCUUCGGGCUUGUCCUCCGGCUCGGCCGCCGCGGCGCUGGACGUCGACUGCCGCUUGAAGCAGAACCUGCGCCUGGCGGGCAAGGGACCGGCGGAGCCGCGCUGCACCGCAGACGCGGGCAUGAAGCGGGCCCUGGGCAGGAGAAAGAGCCUGUGGUUCCGACUGAGGAAGAUUCUUCUCUGUGUUCUGGGGUUGUAUGUUGCCAUUCCAUUUCUCAUCAAACUAUGUCCUGGAAUACAGGCCAAACUAAUUUUCUUGAAUUUUGUGAGGGUUCCCUAUUUUAUUGACUUGAAAAAACCGCAGGAUCAAGGUUUGAAUCACACAUGUAAUUACUACCUCCAGCCAGAGGAAGACGUGACCAUUGGAGUCUGGCACACUGUCCCUGCUGUCUGGUGGAAGGAUGCCCAAGGAAAGGACCAGAUGUGGUAUGAGGAUGCCUUGGCUUCCAGCCACCCUAUCAUCCUGUACCUGCAUGGAAAUGCAGGUACCAGAGGAGGUGACCACCGAGUGGAGCUUUACAAGGUGCUGAGUUCCCUUGGUUACCAUGUGGUCACCUUUGACUACAGAGGUUGGGGAGACUCAGUAGGAACGCCAUCGGAGCGAGGCAUGACAUAUGACGCACUCUAUGUUUUUGACUGGAUCAAAGCAAGAAGUGGAGACAACCCUGUAUAUAUUUGGGGUCAUUCCCUAGGCACUGGAGUGGCGACAAAUCUGGUGCGGCGCCUCUGUGAGCGAGAGACGCCUCCAGAUGCCCUUAUAUUGGAAUCUCCAUUCACUAAUAUCCGUGAAGAAGCUAAGAGCCAUCCGUUCUCAGUGAUAUAUCGAUACUUCCCUGGGUUUGACUGGUUCUUCCUCGACCCCAUUACAAGCAGUGGAAUUAAAUUUGCAAAUGAUGAAAAUGUGAAGCACAUCUCCUGCUCCCUGCUCAUCCUGCAUGCUGAGGAUGACCCAGUUGUGCCCUUCCAGCUUGGCAGAAAGCUCUACAACAUCGCUGCUCCAUCUCGAAGCUUCCGAGACUUCAAAGUUCAGUUUAUCCCCUUUCACUCAGACCUCGGCUACAGGCACAAGUAUAUCUACAAGAGCCCUGAGCUCCCACGGAUACUGAGCUGCUUCUUGAAGAGAGGUUGUGCUCCUGGCUGCAUGAUGAUGGCCACAGUCUGGGGCCAAGACAUGGGCUUCGGCCACGGACGCCCGUCUUGUGCCUGGGUACGGAACCCAACCCUAAAGGGUGAGGCAGUGGCAAAGGGCAGUAUGGACUGGACAUGGCCUGGCUCUGCCCAGGAGCCUGGGCUUUUGUGCUAGGACCUAUUCUAUGAAUUAGGCAGGUGCUGUUGGGCCUCCCUGCCUCCCACCAAGGCAUAGGCAGCUCCUCACUUCUUGGCCAAGGUGGGGACGGUGUGAGUUCACCUUCCUGGGGCAGCUAAGCAUGGAGGUAUUCAAAUCAGCCAUUUUGAAUUUUAUCCCAUCACACCAGCUCUCAUGUGGCUCCCUUGGCAGUUCCAGAGGCAAAGCUGCAUUUCUUUAGUGGUUUGCCAUUCCUGCGUCACAGACCUGGUUUGCUGAGAGGGGACUGUGAGCUGAGUGUGGGUUUUCCCUAGGGUUGACACUUUCCCUAGCAUAAAAGGAAUAUGAUGCAGAAAAUUUAGCUCAUAGUAUAGCUCAGAGUUUAGAACAAAGAAUAGUAGCCUGUUACCUGGUCUUCUUCCUAUGGGGUUGGGAUUUGACCAGGCCAGUUGCCAUUGGUGCCCUGUUUAACUCAGGCUCUCUGGAGGGCCUUCUCAGAUGGGCCAUUUGAGGACCAUAGGAGGCAGGACAGCUAGUGUGGGCUGCUCAGGGUU